AAAAAAAAAAAAGACUGGACUAUUUUGUUUGCUCCCGGCACCCGUACUUUCGCCGGGUGAAGUCACGUGCUCACUUUGCGAUGGCGGCUCCCGUUUGAGUGUCACGCGAGCGGGUCAACGAGGUAAUCUGUAGAACCCUGAUGUGGACGGUUCAUUUGUGCUCUGAUAAUCUUUUAAUGAAAUUGUUUUCUCUGAAAGAAGCAAAAUGAGUUGGAAACUGAAUUGCUUUAUACGGACAACGAAGCAGUUGCAGGCAUGCCCUUAUGUCCUGAGUCCUUUUUCUAGAACUGCAGUGAAAUCUUUUACACUGGGAAAUAAUGGACAUAAAAAUACUGUGCGAAAUAAUAAUCUGAGGCAACUCCUGUUUUAUUCACCUCCUUUCUGUCUUCAGUCAUCUAUUCGGGGGUUUUCUCAAGAUGUCCCAUCUAUCAACACAGAAAGGGAAGACCCAAAUGAACAGAAAACUGCUAGUGCCCUGUUUGAUGACGAUGGGCCAAUCCCUGCACCAGUGACUGUCAAAGAUCCUCAACAUGCAUCUGAUUUCUUGACUUCUGCAAGGGAAGACAGUAGUGCUAUUGAAGAAAAUGAUGAAAGGAGUGCAUCCCGGCAAUUCUUUGAUGAGCUUCGGAAGUGUACAUCUCCCUGCGAUGUCCUUGAUCUUGUUGCAAGAUUUCCAGUCUCUGAAAAGUAUGUCAGUAACAGUCUGGCUACCAUGUGGAUGCUCACAAAAAAGCUCUCAGAAGACCAGAAGCGCUAUGAGAAGAGGCUGAUGUUUGAGCACCCCCAGUUUAGUCAAGUCUGCCAAAGUGUUAUGAAUGAAGCCAAGUUCAUGUGGCGUGAUGACUUGGCCUACAGCUUUCUGGCUGUGGUGAGACUGGGAAUUCCUCAGAGCACCCGGUUGGUUCAGACCCUGCUUAGGGUAUGCCAGGAACGUCUCAAUGAAUUUGAUGAUCGAUGCCUCUCCAUUGUGGCAACUACUUUGCAAGGAAUGGAAAAAAACAAGAAUGUGGACGCUCUUCAAAUUGGAUUGCAGUUGGUGGUAGAGCAGCGCAUCCCCAAAAUCUCAAAUAUGUUUAUGUUGCAAACUAUGAUGAAGUGUAUUGGGAAGGAUGCCCCACUCACUCUAAAGAAAAAACUGGAGAGCAAAGCACUGAGUCAGAUGCACCAGUUUACUCUCCCAAACGCUCAACACAUGUUCGGUGUGUUGGCUGAAAUGAAUCAUCGCUCACUUCCAAUUCUGGAAGCUUGUAGCAACAAAAUAAUAGAGAAUAUCCAGGGAAUUCCAUUUUGGCCACUGCUGAAUGUUUUGAGGUCUUGCAGAGACCUCCAUUAUCGCAACAGUGCACUCUAUUAUACAAUAUCAGAUUAUGCCGCCACAGCUUUCUACAUGUGGGACAUAAAGCAGGUAGUCCUCUUUCUUUUGGCCUUUGAGAAUCUUAGCUUCCGGCCUGUUCAUCUGAUGGAUAAGUUUGCUGAGAAAGUGAUGUCUCGUCCUGAAUCUUUGAACAUGAGGGACACAGUGUCUGUUCUGAAAUCCUAUUCUCUUCUUAAUCAUACUCCCAAAGGCCAAAAGGACAGAUUUCUUGAGGCUCUGAAUAGUGCCUUGAAGACGUACCUCUCCAGGAUCUCUAAUGCGGACCUACUAAGGGCUGUAUAUUCUUUCUGCAUUUUUGGAUACCUUCCACAACCAGCACUUGAUCAACUACUGCAAGAUGAAAUCCUCCAUGAUCUGGUGACAUCAGACGGCCAGAAUGUAGAACAAAAUGAAAGGAUGCUGCACGCCAUCAAUGUUUGCCUUGAACUUGAUGGAAAUUCAUUGACUAAACGAGCAGCUUUACCAACAGACAAACUCCCUUCGCCUGCUUUGGAUUUUCUUGAUGUUCAGGAGGUGCUGCUUACGCUUCUGGGAGAUGGAAGUCUGUUCCGAGAAAACGUACAGUUAGCAAAUGGCUACAACCUAGAUUUUGAAAUCUUAAUGGAUGCAAACAGAAGUGUAGUGAUGCCAAAUACUGAUCCUGAUCAGUUAGGAGAUAAUUCUAACAUUCAAAGGAUAGCUUUGCUAUGUGCCCCUGUGUCUGCCUUCUGUGUUGACUCAAGGCAUCCCCGAGGAAGGCUAGCAAUGAAGAUGAGGCACUUGCGCCUUCUAGGUUAUCGUGUGAUUCUGAUUCAUUACCAGGAAUUCCAAAAACUGAAGAAAGAAGAGGCUCAUGAAUUCUUAAAAGGAGAAAUAUUUUCAGCAGAAACAUCUUCACCUUCUAAUUAGAACAUCCAACCAGACUAUUUAAUCUAUAUAGCAGACUUUAACCUGCUUUUCUAGGAGUAAGGCCCUAUUAUAUGUACUGGUUGCUCUCCUGUGAUAAAGGUUCAAACUACUGCAAAAGUAUAUAUCAGUGAACCAAGCAAUCAAGAAAUCAUGUGAGAAAGAUCACCCUUCAUACAUACACAAGCUCAUUCUGCUGGGCUUCAUGCAUUUUUCCCAGGUUUCUGUGCCUGAAAGCAGGGAUCGACCUCUAGGUAUUGCUGAGUUGCUCCAUUUAUCACCAUUGCCUAAGACUGAUGAGAAUUGUAGUAGACAACAUCUGGAGGAUUACAAGUUGUUCGGUGUGAUAGGUUAAAAAAGGGAGGGGAAAUAUAACACUGAAAUUGUUAUAUUUUCUGAGUUGCCCUGACUCUUUAUUAAGAGGAUAUUUGCUGAAUUGCAUUGUUAAUUUAAAAUAUUCAGUCUGUGCUGUGUGAUUUGUUCUUGACUUACAGAGGGAAAGCAGGAUAUACUGUAUAAAUAAGUUAAUAAAAAUCUGAAAGCUAAUUGAAUGGUUCACAUUUUAUCACAGAAAAAAUAAAAUUCAAAUGUAA